AUGGCCAAAUAUAACGUAGUACUGAAGCAGAAAAGGGCUGCACAGGCUGAGCAGAAGAGAGCCAAGUACGGCGACCCAGUCUCCAACAAGCUUACCCAGAAGAGCAAUCCUAACUACCCUCUCCAUUCCGUCUCCGGCAAGCGCAAACGCAAACUUUUCAAGAAGUGGCGUAGGGAGCAGAAGGAGGCGUUGGCCAAGGGACUAGUCACCAUGCAAGAUGUGGAGAUGGCUGUCGCUGAUGGAGGGGCUUCCAAAGAUGCCACCAAGUCUUCUAUCAAGUUUCACAUGAAGAAAGCUCCAAAGCUCAAAUCAAGGCUUUCCAAGAAAAGUGAGAUCAAGCACAGAAGAAAAUUUGCCGGCCAAGUUGCUGAAUCAUCAUCAUCAUCUGCCAUUGCCAUGGAGGAAUAG